AAGAGGAGCUACUAUGUGUGUAGGGUGUUUUCUCCUAAGUCUUAACUACAGGCUCUUAAAACACCUCUCGUUAAAUGCAUCUUAACCUGUAAAAAUUCUUGGAUAGCUUCUUUGUAUCAUUUAACUUUGGAAUUAACAGGAGUAAUGGCUGAAUCCUGCACUGGAGCUAAAUCAGCCACAAUGUCAAAUAAGGAGGUGAAGGCAGCAUUAAAGAGUGCUAGAGAUGCAAUAAGAAAUAAAGAGUAUAAGGAGGCCUUAAAACAUUGCAAGGCAGUCUUGAAGCAAGAAAAGAAUAACUACAAUGCUUGGGUAUUCAUUGGCCUGGCAGCUGCUGAGUUAGAGCAGCCUGAUCAGGCCAAAGGAGCAUACAAGAAGGCUAUUGAACUUGAACCAAACCAGUUACUGGCAUGGCAGGGACUAGCAAAUUUGUAUGAAAAACCCAACCAAAUAGAUGUCAAAGCAGACUUAGCAGAUGUUUACCAAAAACUCUUGGAACUCUAUGAAAGUGGUGACAAGCAGAAAUGGUGUGAUGUAUGUAACAAGCUUGUGGAACUGUACCAUCAAGAAAAGAAAUAUUUAGAGGUGGCUGAAACUUGCCAGAAGCUAAUAAGGAUGAAACAGGAAGAAGGUGCAGAAAAGGCAGAGCUUCAUCAGCUUUGGAAGAAGAUGAUCCAUUUACUGAAAGACAGUACAAGGAACCAGGAUAAUAAGACUGGGCAGCUGCUUUUGACUGCAUUUGAGCAUGCAUUGCACUCUGCUGACACUGUUCCUGGUGACGACCACCAAAAUCUUUACAAAGACUUCAUACAGUGCUUGUCAAAUUUUCCUCAUGAAGUGGCUAGGUUGGAAAAAGCCUGUCAUGAUAUGGUGGCUUUGUAUCCUACUGUGAGUUACCCUUUGGAAGUACUUUGCUUGCACUUUGUUCAGUCAGCAGGUACUUUGUCGGAAGAGGCCCUGCACUGUUUCUCUAGGCUUUUGGAGAUGGAUGCGAACAGUGGUCCAGGCAUCAUUGGUUUUGGUAUAAAAUGCCUCAAAGAAAAUAAGUACAAGGAGGCUGUUAAGAGUCUGACAGAAGGUUUGCAGAAGACUAACCAGUGUCCAGCAGCAUGGUAUUAUCUAGCAGAGGCACAGAUGAAAAUCCAUGAGCACAGGAAUGCUGUCCUAUCCUGUAAUCAAGCUCUUGAGGCUCUUGGAACUCCUGCGGGUCCUAAUCUUCGGUGGAAUAACCUUGCCCUUCAAUUGAAAGCGGAGACUUUGAUUAAAAUAGCUGAUGCUGAUGCUGCAGAAGAAGCCAUUAAAGCACUUGAGCAGAUUAUAGGUGGAAGCAGUGAUCCAGUGGUUUCAGCUCUCAGGGGUCAGGCUUAUCUAAACAUAGGUUUAAUGGAUCAAGCUUCAAAGAUUUCUCAAGAGCUUCUGUUGUCCCACCCUGAUCUGGCUGAGGCCUAUGCGCUAGAGGGUUUCAUCCAUUAUUCCCAAAAGAACUAUGAGCAGGCAGAAAAAAGUUUUCUAAAUGCCAUUGAAAGAAAGGCUGGAACUGCAGAGUAUCAUCAGUACCUGGGGCUCACAUACUGGUUCAUGAGCGAUGAGACAAAAAAAGACAAAGGAAAAGCACUCACUCAGUUCUUGAAGGCUGCAAAAUUGGACAGCUACUUGGGAAGUGCCUUUUGUUAUCUAGGUAACUACUACAGAGACAUUGCUGGAGACAAAAGUAGAGCUCGUGGUUGCUAUAAAAAGGCUUUUGAACUGGAUGAGAUGGAUGAAGAAUCUGGAACAGCAGCUGUCAACUUAAGUGUGGAACUUGGAGACAUGGACACUGCUCUGUCAAUCCUGAAUGAAGUGACUGAAAAAGCAAGACCUGGUACAGCAAAAUGGGCCUGGCUUCAUCGUGGACUUUACUACUUGAGAACUGGUCAGCCGUCACAAGCAGUGGCUGAUUUGCAGGCAGCUCUCAGGGCUGAUCCAAAGGAUUCCAACUGCUGGGAGUCUCUAGGGGAGGCUUACUUUAACAGAGGUAGCUACUCAACAGCUCUGAAAUCCUUCAGGAAAGCAAGUGAGCUGAACCCAGGGCUUGUGUACAGCAUUUACAGAGCUGCAGCACUCGAGCAGAUUCUAGGCAAAUAUGAAAAUGCUAUAGCUACCUAUCAACAGAUUUUAAAGAAGACAGAAAACUAUGUGCCUGCACUGAAAGGACUUGGUGAGUGUUAUCUCAUGCUGGCAAGAUCAGCCCUUGAUAACUAUUUGGAUAGGAAGGCUGUGGAUUACAUAGAGCAGGCCCUUGCAUAUUUUACAAGGGCAGUAAAGCACCGCCCUGAUGUAUCUUGCCUCUGGAAACUCUUAGGAGAUACCUGUACUAGUGUGCAUGUUAUUUCACCAACCAAAGUAAAUGUUCAAGUACCAGGAUCUCUUCUGAGUAAAAGUGCAACCGAACAAGUACUGAAGAAAAAUGAGCUUCUCAUACUGGGAGGAAGGUGUUAUGGCAGAGCUUUAAAACUGAUGUCUUUGCCUAGCAUAUGGUGUGAUCUUGGAAUAAAUUAUUAUCGACAAGCAGAGCACCUCACAGCAGUGGGCACCAACAUGAAUGAGAUCAGUGAACUGCUAGAGAAGUCUUUGCAGUGUCUCAAAAAAGCUGUGAGACUGGACAGCAAAAAUCAUCUCUAUUGGAAUGCGCUUGGUGUGGUUGCUUGUUGUAGCGCUAUUGGGAAUUAUGCUCUUGCUCAACAUUCGUUCAUCAAAUCCGUUCAAGCUGAGCAAAUUAAUAUUGUUGCCUGGACCAACUUGGGGGUUUUGUAUCUGGCAACUGGAAACAUUGAGCAAGCUCAUGAAGCCUUCAAGGUAGCCCAGUCUCUGGAGCCUUCUUACCUGUUGUGUUGGAUUGGACAGGCUCUUAUUGCAGAGACUGUGGGCAGCUAUGAUACCAUGGAUCUCUUCAGGCACACGACUGAACUCAGUAUGCAUACUGAGGGAGCAAAAGGCUACGCCCACUGGGUAUGUUCAACACUGCAGGAUAAAGCCAACAGAAACACUGAACUGUAUCUGUACAACAUUGUUCAAAUGAAUGCUAUACCAACAGCCCAAGUGGUCUUGAGCAAAUAUGCAGAAAGAAAUCCAGAUGAUGCUUCUGCUUUCAUAAUGUUUGGGUUUUUGAAUGAAUAUCUGCAUCUAAAACAGCAGGCAGCCUAUGCCUAUGAGAGGGCAGCUUCACUGCUGAAAAACUCAGAGGAUACUGAGAAAUACAAUACAGCAAUGCAAAACUAUGGCAGGUCACUGUGUGCACUUGGGCUGUCUGAUGAGGCCAUUGAAGUUUACACAUCAAUACCCCUAACUGAGUUUGAUGGCAUUGUGGGGCUAGCAUUAGCUUACUUCAAGAAAGGACUCUUAGAAGAAAGUAUCAAAGCCUAUGAAAAAGCCUUGUCUGUUGCUGAGUCUGAAAAAGAUAAAGCGCAUAUCCUGACUGCCUUGGCAAUAAUAGAAUAUAAACUGAACAAAGUGGAUGCUGCAAAGACACUACUGUUUAAAUGCUCGCUAAAGGAACCUAGUGUGGAAAGUCUGAAGGCUUUGUGCACUCUGGGAUUGGUAAAGCAGGAUGCAACACUUGCUACAGCAGCCCUAAAAGAAUUACUGAAGCAUGAAAAAGGGGAUGACGGGAUUUAUGAGAGAUGUCUUAUUGCAUCUGCUGUUUAUGCAUUACAAGGUAGAAAUGUGGCAAUCCAGAGGGAAGUUUCCAAAGCAAUACACAGUUACCCUGAUAAUCCUGCCCUUUGGUCUCUUCUGUCUCGACUAGUUCCACUUUAUGCAUCAAAAAAGCCAAAAGGAGGAGCUGUGGCAGGAAGUGUUGCACAUACACUUGAUGUAAACUGUGGAAAGGAAGUCCUGCUGAAUAUUGCAGUUAAUCAGUUGGUAGCAGGAUGUCACAUGUUAGAAGAUAAGAAAAACAAUCCUUUGAAAAAUAUUCAGAAGGCCAUCCAUGUCUGUCCAGAUAAUCCUGCUGCUUGGGCAGUGCUAAUGGCAGCCUGUCAUGCUGAAAACACUGUUGUCUGUCUAAACAACACUGAACCAAAACAAACAGGUCUAGAGAUGACACUUGUGUCUACAGUUUCAGCCAAAACUGGGGAAAAUAACCUUCCACGUAAUUAUGUCCGUAUGCUUGAAGACUGGUGUCUGUGUCAAGCUAUUACCAGUCUAGAGGAGACUGGUAAACUCUCAGAAGCUGAAGCUCUCUGUAAAAAGGGCUUAAAAAGCUGCCCUGAGCAUCCAGCUCUGUUUUUGCUUUUGAGACAAGUUCAAUGUAAACAGCUGUUGCAGUCUCACAAAGAACUUCCGGACAACAUCCUGGAGGAACUUCGCAAGACAGUCAUGUCCAGUUCAUCAUCAGCUGCAGCCUGGCAAUGGCUGGCAAAAAUAUAUCAGUCUCAGAGAAUGAUGACUGGAGCAGAGAUGUGUUACAGAAGGAGUCUGCAGUUGGCAUCACAGCAGGGCAGCUGGAACGGGAAGUUAUCUAGUCUGCUCAGGCUAGCUAUGCUUGCACUGGAAAUCUGCAUGGCAAAUGUCCCAAAUGAACACUGGCCAUCCUUGGUUCAGGAAGCAACAACUGAAGCUUUGAAACUUUCUCCUUGCCCCUUGGCAGCUCUUCUUCAAGCUCUGCUACAGUAUAAUCGCAAAAUGGGAGCAAGGGAGACUCGGCGAAUGUUGGAGAGAGUCGUUUAUCAACCAGGGAAUCCAGAAACCAUAGUGUCGGUGGCACGCUGGUACCUCCUGCAACAUCUGUAUGCCAAAGAUGAUUGUGAAUUAAUAGAUGUGCUUAUAGAAAAUGCCAAAGCUAAUGGAGACGUUAGAGCUCUGGAACUAAAUGAGAAAUUGUCCGCAAGUGCCUAGAAUGGACAGUCUCAAGCAAAAUAUUCUUCUGUUCAUCCAAUUGAAUUAGUUCACCUUCCAGAAGCAUGUGUUUUGGGAUGUUUUGUUUUUAUGUCUGACUUAUUUUUUCUGUUUCUUCAACUGCAGCCUUGUCUUUAGUUUUGCUUUUGCUUGAACAAAAGUAGGUUAUUUUCAUGUUAAGCACUUAAAAUCACAUUUAUUUUGAAAAGAAAAUCCUGAACUUUGCUUUUGUUUGCUCCCCCACUUAAUCUUUGUCACUAUUCACAAUAGAGUAUUUCCCCCUAGGACACACACAGAAGUACAAUAUUAAAUCCACUGCCAGCGAUGCCAGGUUUUCUUGGCACAGAAUCUUAAGAGCCAAGUAGCAGCCAACUUCUGUCAUCUCUCAGUAACUCAGCUGCUGAUUGCUUAAUUGGAUGAAUCAUGACAGCAGUUCUUAAGACAUGUUGUUAUUUUGCCUUUAUGUACAUAAAAACAAAAAAUAAAUAAAGUAGUGAUUCUGACUUGUGAAAAUUA